AAUUUUUAAUCUCCUAGCGAUAAGAAAAGUCAAGCAACUUGUUAUAAGUCUAUGGAAAAUAUUGAAAAUAAAACAUUUUAACCACUCACUAGCAAAGCAGCACUGCAAAAGAUACAGAUCAUGGAUUUCUACUACUUGCCGCCCUCACCUCCCUGCCGUGCCGUUGAUAUGUGUGCCAAGGCAGUGGGUGUUGUCUUGAAUAAGAAACUGAUGAAUGUUGCGGCUGGCGAACAAAUGGAUCCAGCUUAUACUAAAAUAAAUCCCCAACACACCAUACCCACCAUAGUGGAUGGUGAUUUUGUCUUAUGGGAAUCUAGACCCAUUCUAAUUUAUUUGGCUGAGAAAUAUGACAAAUCGGGAUCACUUUACCCCAAGGUACCCAAGGUAAAGGCCUUGAUCAAUCAACGUCUUUACUUCGACAUGGGAGUGUUCUUCAAGAGUUUUGUGGAUUAUUAUGUACCCAUCUUUAUGAAAAAUCAACCCGCCGACCCUGAAAAGUUCAAACCAGUCGAGGAGGCCUUUAACCAUUUAGAAACCUUCUUGACCGCCAAAUUAUAUGCUGCCGAUACUGACACCUACAGCAUUGCCGACAUAGCCCUAGUCGCCACCAUGACCAAUUACGAAGCUGCAGGCUUUGACUAUAGCAAAUAUCCAAAUGUGGCUAAAUGGUACGAUAACUGUAAACAGGUUAUACCUGGUUAUGCUGAAAAUGUGGUGGACUGCAAAGAUUUGAAAUACUUCCAACCUAAACAGUAACAUUUGAACAGAAAAAAAUAUAUAUUUGAUGCUGCCAUACAAUAGAGAUUAAAGAAAUAGAAAAGAAAAUAGUUUUCUUAUAUUAAGAAACGAAACUAACAAAAAACACACACGAAAAGUGCAAUAAAAUGUAACUCAAGUUUCUCUUUUUUUUAUAUUGAAUAAAUAUGUGAAGUAGAAAAAGAAAAAAAAAACUUAAACGAAAAAAUGUAUUUAAAA